AUGGAGGAUAAACAUAUCGGUCAAAGUGUGAAAGAAAUGGUGCCAGGCACGGCUCAGGAGCUGGGCGAUGCGCUGGAGAGUGUGAUCACGCACGUGGGCGAGAUCGGCCGCUACCAGAAGCUGCUGUUCUUUUGCAUGGCGCCGUUCGGCAUGUUCUGGUCGUUCUUGUACUUCGGCCAGAUGUUCAUCACGGUGACGCCGCAGGAGCACUGGUGUAAAGUGCCCGACCUAGCCGACCUUACUCCGGAAUUGAGGAGAACUUUAUCCAUACCUAUCGUGAAUGGCGAGUACGAUCACUGCAGCGUCUACGAUGCGAACUGGACCGAAGUGCUGGAGACGCUGCAACCUCCUACUGGCGCACCAGUGGUGGGUUGCCAGCACGGCUGGGAGUUCCUCUUCGACGACAUACCGUAUUCCACUAUUGUUAAUGAGCGCGAAUGGGUGUGCGACAAUGCGUACUACGUGCCGUGGGCUCAGUCCAUCAACUUCGCUGGGGCCAUUGCGGGAGGAAUAUUGUGUGGAGUGAUAGCUGACACGUAUGGACGGAUACCAGCGCUUGUGGUGGCGAACUUACUCGGCUUCAUCGGCGGAGUAGCGACAAUAUUCACAACAGGGUUCUGGGACUUUUCCAUUUGCCGGUUCAUAGCCGGAAUGGCCUGUGAUAGUGCUUUCCUGAUGAUCUACAUCUUAGUGAUGGAGUAUGUGGGCACAAAAUACCGUACGUGGGUGGCGAAUCUGUCCAUCUCCCUGUUCUUCGGCAGCGGCUGCCUGAUUCAGCCCUGGAUCGCGCUGUGGGUGUCGGACUGGCGGAACUUUAUGCUGGUCACCUCAGUGCCCAUGCUCAUUGUGCUGGUCACACCGUUUAUUGUACCAGAGAGCGCUAGAUGGCUAGCUUCCAAGGGUCGAGUAGAAAAAGUGGUGAAAAUUUUCAAGAGGUUCGAAAAAAUCAACAACACCAAAAUACCACAAGCAGUCAUGGAUGAGUUUGUGAUGGUAGCAAAAUCAUUCAAAGAGAAGGAAGAGAGCGUGAUUGUCCUAUUCAAGAACCCGUCCAUCCGAGUUAUCUUGAUGUACCUGGUGGGUUCCUUCAUGGGCGUGGCGGUGGUGUUUGACGGCCUCAUCAGGGUUUCGGAGAACCUGGGACUGGACUUCUUCGUCACAUUCACCGUGACUUCCGCGACCGAGAUACCGUCUAUCGCGAUACUGGUGGUGCUGCUGGAUAGGUUCGGUCGACGAUGGUUGGUCACUUGUCCGAUGCUGGUGGCCGGAGUACUUUCGGUCGUUGCUGCAUUUGUUCCAAGAGGGGUAAUGGCGGUGUCCCUGGCGACGGCAGCGCGUUUCUUCAACAACAUGUCGUACGGCGCCGUGAUCCAGUGGACGCCGGAGCUGAUGCCGACAGCGGUGCGCGCGUCCGGAGCCUCGCUUAUACACAUGAGCGCCUUUGCUGCGCUCAUGAUAUCGCCUUUUAUUGUGUACUCCGACCGCGCAUGGGACGGUCUAUCCCUGGUGAUAGUGGGGGGCAUUGCGGUGGCGUCGGGGCUGAUGGCGCUGCUGCUGCCGGAGACGCGCGGCCGCCGCAUGCCGCAGACCAUGGAGGAGGGGGAGGAGCUGGCCAACUCCAGGCCCUUCAUCAAGAAGUCCGUUGCACUUGCACCGUCUCGCGCGCUGGCCACCUGAUAUACAAUACGCUGCCCAAUAAAGUUCUUGACGCCAGUAUUUU